AUUUUUUAAAAACCCAGAUGUGCUGCGGGGGAAGCGUGCCCCGGAACCCCCAUUUAAUCACCCUGCUCCUGAAAAGCAGAGCACGAAAUGCCGUGUAAAGCCCUGCCCGGAGCCCCCGAGCCCGUCCUGCAGAAGUUGGUCUGUUUGUGGUAACACCUUUUUGCAUCGUUCUAUCCAAAAGAUAAAAAGAUGAAAGCCUCGGUCAUGCUUUGCAGCAAAUUUCAUGUAACAUACAAGGGGAACUGAAGCAGAAACCAAAGCCAAGGCAAAGCAGCAUCUGACCUUGUCACUGGGGGGCAGAAAACAGCCGCUGGUUCCACUGGUGCUUCAAUCAAGCUCCCUGGGCAAUGUGGAAUUGCAGAGAGCUCACAAAGUGCAAGUUCCUUCCAGGUCCGUGGGGUGAAUAAAAAUUGUUAAUUCUUGGCUUGAUUUGUCAUCCUUUGGGGGCAAAAAAAGGUAUGUCAGACUGGCAAUUAUACAGUUAGACCGAGCACAAGUGGAAGUGGGUUGCUCCGGAGAUGAGAGUGACUGAGGCCAGCAAAGCCAAGGAGAAGCCUGUUCAACUCCACAUCUACCCGGGAUUCCUUGGAGAGGUGAUAAAGUGAGUAAUAAGGAGAAGUGGGAGUUAUAAAGUGAAUGCGACAGCUCCAGCAGAACUUCUUCUCACUGCCACAUACGCUUGUUACAAAGCAACUAAUGUUAUUUGGAAAUCUAUUUGAGGAGAAAAUGCACUUUGAGCAUCUCUGCAGUUCUUGUGUCUGAAGCAUUGAUCAGGAAAAUCGGCAGCACAACGCCAACAAAGGAAAAGAGAAUAUGGUGAAGGCAGCUAAAGAAAUUCAAAUGGAGAACCCAAGAGAGGCAGAGACUCCCAGCACAGGGGCCACAUGUUCCCCACCAGAGGAACAAGCGAAAAAACCCUCUAUGCUCUGUUUUAAGAAGCAGAAGAAGUCCUGUAAGAAGGGGCUGACUGCGAAGGAUGCGUGCGAAGGAGCCUCAGAAGAGAAAAGCCAAUGUGUCAGCGCUGACCAAGAGGAGGCAAAAGCUUCCAAUCCAUCACGAUCCUCCAAAGGGACUUGGGCAGCCAUCAAAAACCUUGCCAAACCUCGGAGAAGGCAGAAGUCCUCCUCACGGAAGAAGGUGCCCUCUGAUUCCCAAGUGCAGCUGGAGGUGGAUGCUGAGGAGAGCUGUGCGCGAGACCUCCCAAAGAAACGGGCGAGCUCUGGGGUGAAGAUGCCCUGUGUGAGAUUCUCCAGAGGCAAGAAAAAACCCAGCCCCUCAGAAGCAGUGGAGGAGUCAGAGGGCAGUGUUCAAGCAAAUGAAGUGAUGGGUGUUGUGAAUAAGGCUAGUGAAGAGCCAGAGGAUUUGGCCCCGACGGACAAAUCUGAACCCUUCAGCCCAGUCUCUGCACAGGAGGAGCGGGAUACGGUGAAGCAGGAGCAGCAUAGAAUGAAAGAGGACAAGGACAUAAUGAAAGAGGAUCAGGAUACAGUGAAGGAGGACCAGGAUACGGGGAAGGAGGACCAGGAUACAGUGAAAGAGGACCACGAUACAGCAAAGGAAAGUGACACCUCUGUGGGGAAGAGUGAGCCCUUGACAGAGCCCACACGUGAUGCAGAGGAACACUCAGAGUGCACUGUUCAGUUGGAGAUAACCCAUUCAGAGACAGUUGAUGAAACAGCCCAGGACAAACUGCAGGAAGGGAGCCUACCCCAAAUCACCAACGAUGCAGAGGGCAGGGAAGUUGCUCCUGAAGCACCUGUUCCUAAAGACCAACCUGACAUCCCUGAAAUCACAGAGUGGCAGGAAAUCCCUAAUACCUGCAAAGAGAUGCCUGAAAGGGAUGAACUGGAAAAGAGCAUAAAUCUUCCCAAGGAGUGCAAAGCCGAGGAGUCUGUAACUGAUUUCAGUCAGUUGGCAUCUGGAGGUGAUGCAGCAAAUGUGCAGGAGGCAGUGAGUGUGCAGGAUGUAGUGAGUGUGCAGGAUGUAGUGAGUGUGCAGGAUGUAGUGAGUGUGCAGGAUGCAGAAAGUGUGCAGGAUGCAGUGAGUGUGCAGGAUGUAGUGAGUGUGAAGGAUGUAGUGAGUGUCCAAGAGGCAGCGAAUGUGCAGGAUGCAGUGAGUGUGCAGGAUGUCACAAGUGUGCAAGAUGCCACGAGUGUGCAGGAUGUGGCAAGUGUGCAGGAGGCAGUGAGUGUGCAGGAGGCAGCAAGCAUGCAAGAUGCCACAAGUGUGCAGGAUGUCAUGAGUGUCCAAGAGGCAGCGAAUGUGCAGGAUGCAGUGAGUGCACAGGUUGCAGAGAGUGUGCAGGAGGCAGUGAGUGUGCAAGAAGCAGCGAGUGCGCAGGAUGCAGUGAGUGCACAGGAUGCAGUGAAUGUGCAAGAAGCAGUGAGUGCGCAGGAUGCAGUGAGUGCACAGGAUGCAGUGAGUACACAGGAUGCAGUGAGUGUGCAAGAGGCAGUGAAUAUGCAAGAAGCAGUGAGUGUGCAGGAUGCAGUGAGUGCACAGGAUGCAGUGAGUGUGCAGGAGGCAGUGAGUGUGCAAGAUGCAGUGAGUGUGCAAGAGGCAGUGAAUGUGCAAGAAGCAGCAAGUGUGCAGGAUGCAGUGAGUGCACAGGAUGCAGUGAGUGUGCAGGAGGCAGUGAGUGUGCAAGAUGCAGUGAGUGCACAGGAUGUAUCAAGUGUGCAGGAUGCAGUGAGUGCACAGGAUGUAUCAAGUGUGCAGGAGGCAGUGAGUGCACAGGAUGUAUCAAGUGUGCAGGAGGCAGUGAGUGUGCAGGAUGCAGUGAGUGCACAGGAUGUAUCAAGUGUGCAGGAGGCAGUGAGUGCACAGGAUGUAUCAAGUGUGCAGGAGGCAGUGAGUGUGCAGGAAUGCUCCAGCCGUCAGAUAUUAGAAGCAAAUACAGGUGCUGGUGUCAGUAUUGUCAUCACCAUCACCGAAGCUGAGGACUCCGACAACACCGACUCUGACCAGGCCUAUGAGCCAUCCCCAGUUUUGCGCCAAAAAAAGCAAAAAGGGAAUAAAAAAUCGAACAGGAAUGCUGAUGUUGGUCAAAAAGAGGGCCCCGAGGCUGGUGGUGGUCCCCAGGCAGAGGAGAAAGGUCUGGGUGACCAAGGGCACAGAACUGGGGAGCAGUACGAGUUGCUCCUUGUAGAAACCGCCUCUUCCCUCGUGAAGGCGGCCAUUCAGUCAUCCAUAGAGCAGCUGGUCAACGAAAUGGCCCUGGAACAGAAUAAACACAACAGCUUUCUGUGAUGGCAGCCUUGCCCCAGAGAGAAGGAGUAGAGGGAGUGAUUUCAAGCUCCAUUUGGCCUGCGGGGUGUGGAGAACUCGGAGAGCUCCCGGGGCCGAGGUGUAGUUAAUUCUGCAUGCCCGUUCAGCUGUGUGUCUACGUGGAGCGGAUCCUGGGAUGUGGGCAGACCCUGCUGAGUGCAGUGCAUCCCCUGGGGCUUCAGACAGCGCCACUGACCACAGCUGCGGAAAAAUUAAGAUGUUACAGUGACUGUAUUUUCACUUAUUGGCACAUUUAUGUCAAGGCCACAUUUCUGCCGUCACCCAUGUCCUGUUUCCCCGCUGCUCACGCUGCAGAUCUGUACAUACCAUGUGUUUGAAGAAAGGUCCUGAGAGGCAGUGAGUGCCUGUCCUGCUGCUGGGCUGCAUUUGGGGCACGCUGGAACAGCUGGAGGCUUGCUGGGGCUCUACUGCAGAUGAGGAAGAGUGAAGUGUCUGCAACAUUAACACGGAAGCAUCAUUGCCAGGCUGUGUUUUGUGCUGUGAACAGGCCCUGGCUAGGCACAGGCGCCAGGAACCGCGGUCACUGCUGUCGCAUGAAGCCGGCGAGUUCCAGCGAGCUCCCUCUCUCCUUCACUCGGCCUCUCCCCCAUCACAAGCAGCCUGUGCAUCUCCAGAUUCACUCAAGCUCAGCAUCAGCCUCGCCUUGCUGACCCCGGGCCAAUGCCAAGAAAGCGACAGCGCCUCGUUGGCUGCGGGGCCUUUCUUGCCCCACGAAAGGCAAGGGGCAGAACUCCCUGCUGGGCCGGGCGAGAGCAGCUCUGCCACAGGCAGCCCCUCUCCUCCCUCGCCUCCCUCCUUGCCCAUCCUGCUGUCGUGGUGAAGCUCUCCUCAGAUGUAGCAUAUUUUUUAUACAUGGCAUGCGAUAUAAAUAGCAGUGAGCUGCAUGCGUGUUAGCAGUCAACACAGUUUGGGAAGCUGCCGUGUGCUGCCGGCGCUGGGAUUGCUUUGGUUCGGUGUGAGUGCCGCUGGCAUCCCUGGCUGCUGUCCCUCACCGCUCCCCGCUCACAGCAAAGCCCUCCUGCCUUCAUCCAGCCCAGGCAUCCCUUGGGAAUGGUGCAUUAUGCCCGGCUCGCUGCCACCAGGCUCUGGCACGCCAUGUAGCUCGCUCUGAAACAUGCAGGGAAAUGCUGGAGCAAUCUUACCAAAGUCCUCAGGGAAAAAAAUCCAGACAUGAGGGCCUGAGGACAUGGCUGGAAAAUGCCUGGACAAGCCUACUGCUGUCAAACCCCCGUGAACUGCCCUGCCCCAAGGGGGUUUGCACAGGGCUAGCGUGUGUGCGCGAGCAUCACCUCCAACUAGCAGCUCUCCAGGAGAAAGGGGCCUUUUAAUGACAUGGGAUUGCAUCUGCGUGGCUGGGAGUUGUGUCCA